AUGGAUAACCAGGAGUUUUCGGACGUGAGCAACCUGCUUGUCACGGCAGAGAACCCAGCACGUAAUGAUACACCCGGUCUAGAUCACGCACGAUGUGUCGCUCUGCACAACCACCUGGUUCACUAUGCCUGGGCUGCCGAGAGACGCCCUCCCGCUAGUCCAACUAGCAGUAGCAAAACGUUCUUCACCACCUACGGAGCUGCAGCGGAGGCUCUUCGUGAACGACUUGACCCCUCGCUGGCAGCUUUUCUUGACGCCGCCCUGUUGCCUCCCGAUGGGUCUGAUGGCCUUGAUCCCGCGCCUCUCUCCGUUUUUGUCGCUGGGUUCUGUGAGCCCGACAGUUUCUUUGCUCAAGAAGUGGCUGACCUGUUCGACGAGCCUGUCGACAGCCUGAUCUGCCUAUACUAUCCCAACGUUGGCCAAGGUGGAGGAAGUGGUGGUGGUCUAUUCUAUCAUCAAGGCUACCAUCGUGCCGCUGUCUUGAUGCAUAUGUGGGAUCACGAUUAUGUCCUCCCUAUUGCAGCACACCAAGAGCUUUGGCACCCUCUCGAGACGGUACUCUCCAACUGGAUCGAGCUGAUUCAUCUUGGCAAGACUCAAAUCACACCUUCACCGAGAGACGAGGGGGGCCGGUAUGGCAGCGAAAAGAUUGGACCGUGGGAGUGGCUGCCGUAUAGCGAAGCCCAAGUUGCAGCUUGUUUGGAUGCGUGGGAGGAGCUGUGCAAGACCAUUGAGACGCGUAUCUCACAUAUUACCAGCAGCGGCAGCAUCACCACCUCCAAUACCACAAGUCCAGUGCGGCUGCUUGAUCCCGCUGUCCUGGAUGCGGCUGUAGUGCCUAACCCGUCGUUUGCACGCUCUUUUCUGACUCGCGCGCGUCGGCCUCUCUUCCGUAGCAUUGCUCCUGGUCUCGUCCUGCCACCAGCAGACGCAGCUGAGUUUGCGGCAGCGCAGUCCUUCACCGGACUGCCUCGCGGCCAUCAUGUCGUACCGCCGGUAUGCCUUUUUCCUGCUACAGAAGAUGAGCCUAGAUUCAUCCUGACCUCAUCUUCAAACCCUUUUUGCAAUGACUUUCGAGCAACGACUGCCGAUUCAGCCGUGCCGUCCCAAGUCCGCGCCGGCGUCUAUAGCGAGUCGGUUGAGAGGAAUGCAGGUCAUGACUACGCUGAGGAGGGCUUUUGGCUGCUGCUACCGAACAGUUUCGAGAGCGGUUGGGAUGCAAUCGACGGCGCGCGGAAAAGCGACGGGUCGUUGAUUGCCAAGGAGAGGUUGACUGAUCUGUUCCAGCAUGGAUAUAAACCCUUUGGUGGUGACUACUAUCGGCCUCAGAGGCUGGAGCGUUUGUUUGACUGUUGGCGCACACUCAUUGAGCAAAAUGUCUGGACUGUUGGGCCACUUGGAGUGCAAGGCAACCUGGAUACAUUUAAAGAGGCUGGAACAGCCCGUUGGAAAGACUAUGUUAUUCCGCCGAAUUGGUAA